AUGACGGGAUUCAAUCCGGCUUACGACGUCGACGUCGCCGACGAAAUCCUGCCGCCGCCGCCUCUGAACGCCGAGAAGAUGCAGAGGAAGAAGAAGAGCGGCCCGUUCCGUAUAUUCAGGGCGGCGCUGCACAUUCUGCGCAAGCGCACCGACGAAAAGGAGGCGGUGACGAUGAAGAAGGAGAAGAGCAACGGCGGCGGCGACUGGAAGAACAUCGUGCAGUCGAUGCGGCCGCUGCACGUCCCGGCGUCUCCGUCGCGCGGCGGAUUUGACGGAUCGGCUUCACCGGCGCCGUCGUGCUCUGGAUCGUCGUGCGGAACGAUGAGCCAGUACGCAUCGGCGACGAAUCUGCGGGAUCUGUGUAACGAGGAUGAGGAAGAGCAGCGAGAUCCGGAUGAGGUGUUUGACGCGAUUGAAGGAGAUGAGUUGAUCGACGCCAAGGCGGACGAAUUCAUCUCUCGAUUUUAUAAAUCGAUUCACCACCAGAACUCGAUCCACCGCCAGGAUAGGGGAGUUUAA